GCCGCCGCCUUGGCCUAGGCCUCCGCUUCCGACGGACAGGCACGUGCCGGCGGCGGAAGGAGCAGAUGGGGAGGCUCACCGAACGGCGCCCCAUCGCCGACGCAGCAAGCGGUCCUCGGGCUCCUCCAACUCAGAGGUGCCGGGCAGGCUCCCUGGAGCCGUGCCCACGCCGCGUAGCGAGGCUGCAUUGAGCUGCGAUCGCUUCGCCACCAGCCCCUGUGCCUCCCUGCCAGACCUCCGGCGACAUCGCGCCCGAUCGGCUGGUACCAUGAGCCAGCCAGACCACUCCUUGCCCCUGCCGGGCUCGAGGAGGGGCUCACGCUCAAAAGCUUCGCGUGACGCUCCGAAGGGACUGCCGGAUGUGGAGCUACAUGAGGAUGUCCACUGCCCAGGCCCCAGAAACGCGUUCUCGGCGCCUCAGCGCACGAGGAAUCCUGCGACCCUGGCCGGGAGCCAG